CAUAACACACUCCCUCUUCGUGACCAUAAGGAAGCGCCUUCGAGCGACACGAGCAGAAAGUAAUCAGAAGAGACUGGACAGACAGACCGAACAGCAGAGGAUCUGACAUGUCCGCUUCAGAGGAAGAGUGUCCUGUGUGCAGGGAAAGCAUACAGAAUCCUUCUCAACCGUCUCCAUGCUGUGGGAAAGUAAUUUGCCAGCGGUGCCUCAGUCAGUCCCUCAGGUACAGGGCUCAUUGUCCACACUGCAGAAGCUCAGUAAACCACCCUGAUCAUGCAAAUAAUCCACUCCCACCUCGUGAUAGUUACGUGCAGCCAAUGCUUCCAGGGGACAUUCAAUUUAAUUCGAGAAGACUUGUUGGCGCAAGCAUACAGACUCGCCUCAGCCAACUUCGAGAUUCGCUGGUUCAGCAAGCAGACGCCGCCCCUCGAGCCAGUCCACCCAAUCAGGUUGCAAUGCCACUCGCCCCACAAAUUCAAGCCCCUCCCCCUUUAAUUUUCUCAGCACGGCCUCGGCUCAGACCUCCACUCGCGAAUCUAAUUGCCGCCCCACAACUUGCACCCAUUAAUGCUGCACCGAGUGGUUUUGUCCAAGUCCUGCCACCUCCUGCCCCAGCUCCACUGCUGCUAAACCCCGCCCCCUUCCAGGAUAAUAUGCAGGCUGAGCUGGAUGAAUGGCCGUGGCAAACGGAGAUCAAUCUAAUGGCGAUGAAUCCACAACCUCAGGGUACAACUGUGAGGACUUUUGCGUGUCCGUACUGCCAGGAGAAUGGACUGGAUGAGCUCGAUCUACGCGAUCACUGCAAUGAACAUCAUGUCAACGACAGCAAACGAGUGGUGUGUCCAGUGUGCGUGCAGACUCCUCACGGGGAUCCACAGUACUACAGCCGCAACUUCAUUGGCCACCUCAACCUGCGCCACUGCUACUAUCUGGACGAUAUAACCAAUCUCACCCAGACUGAUGAGAUGAACAUUCAGUGUGCAAUCCUUGCAUCAUAUAGGGACCAUUUUUAGACCUCGUUUUCAGAUGACGACAACAUUUUCAGCGAUAUUCUUGGACAGCUUUCUUUUCUUGGGAACACCAUUCUGAAACGGAAAGGAUAUAAACAAUUGAGAAAUCAGUCAAAGAAAUGGUAUAUCAAGGAUGUGACAUUUUUCCGAAUGUUAUGUAAAAUAUAAUGUGUGAAUGUGCUGGACCUUUUUGAUUAAAACGAUUUUAAGGUAACAGAACAUGCUUGAUUAUCUGAUUAAGAGAUAUUUUAAAAGGUUCGAUGCAUCUCAGGUAUUGAUCGUGCCUUUAAAAUGACUAGUAAUGAUUUAUCCGCCAAAAACGUUUUGCACAAUUUAGCUCUUCUUGCACUUUCUUUUCAGAUAAAAGGUUUAUUGCAUGUAGUUUACAGUUAUGUUUGUGGUACUGUUUGUGGGAAAAAUGUUUGAAUGAAUUGUUCAAGCCAUAUCUAGCUCUGUAAACCUAUUUAUGCUGCACUCCAAUGUAAAUAAAAAAAAUUGCCAAAAAACGUUUUAAUACAAUAAUCUACUGGGAAAAUACCAUUUUUCAUCACUGCAGAAAAUGUAUGCGAUUUAAAAAAAAAUUUCAUCCAGCAAUAAAAACGUCCAGAAAAUGUA